AGUAUAGUAUCAGAUCCAGAUUGUUACACGUGUGAUGUGGCAUCAUCGGUGAUGAAUCAAACAAGCUGUUGAAUUGGUUCGUUGCGGCGAACGAUGUUUCCGAAGAAGUGACUGGAACGUGCUCGAGUCGACCCUCACCCAAACCAAACCAAAAGCUAACAAAGUUUGUAUCGCAAACCAAACACUUUUUUUACAAGAAAAAAAAGGUGUUUGAACUUUCAAAUUCCUAGUAUUAUAAAUAUUAUACUCAAUUUGGAUUAUUCAAUGGCUACAACGGCGGAGACUGACGGAAUCCGACACAAACCGUCGUCGCCUGAGGCUGCGCCGCCGCCGCCCACGGAGUUCACUGGGACGGAGGCCUCACCAAUCCACACAAUAUUGGCGUUGAGCAUAUGGCUUGGGGCUAUCCACCUCCUCACCAUCCUCGUCUUGACUUCCUUCCUCUUCCUCCCCCUUCCCAAAACCUUCGCGGUAUUGGGGUUGCUUGUGAUAUUAAUGGUGAUUCCAGUUGACGAGAAAAGCAAAUGGGGUCUAAAAUUAUCGAGGUAUAUUUGUAAGUAUGCUUGUGGUUAUUUUCCAGUGACUCUACACCUCGAGGAUAUAAAAGCUUUUGAUCCCAAUCAGGCCUAUGUUUUUGGCUAUGAACCGCAUUCAGUGUUGCCCAUUGGUGUUGUUGCCCUUGCAGCCCAUACAGGUUAUAUGCCUCUUCCGAAAAUUAAGGUUCUCGCAAGCAGCGCUGUGUUCUACACACCAUUCCUGAGGCAUUUAUGGACAUGGUUGGGACUUGCAUCUGCAUCAAGGAAAAAUUUUAUCUCCCUCUUGGUAGCUGGUUAUAGCUGCGUUAUAGUGCCUGGUGGAGUGCAAGAGGCAUUUCAUAUGGAGCACGGUUCUGAGGUUGCUUUCCUUAAGACGAGAAGAGGAUUUGUACGCUUAGCCAUAGAGACGGGCCGACCACUGGUUCCUGUUUUUUGCUUUGGUCAGUCAUAUGUCUACAACUGGUGGAAGCCUGGUGGGAAAUUAUACCUGCAAUUUGCUAGAGCUAUUAAAUUCACCCCAAUUAUCUUCUGGGGAAUCUUUGGGUCACCAGUACCGUACCAGCGUCCAAUGCAUGUGGUGGUUGGUAGACCAAUUGAGGUUAAGAAAAAUCCGCAACCCACCAUGGAAGAGGUUGCUGAAAUACACAGUCAGUUUGUUGAAGCACUUGUGGAUCUCUUUGAAAGGCACAAAGCAAGAGUUGGCCAUGCUGAUCUUAAAUUGAGAGUUCUUUGAUGAGAGAGGUCAACUUGUAGACCCAUGUUCAUCCAUUUAUAUAUAUUUUAUGUUCGUGUUUGUAUCAAUCUGCUCUUUUGUUUAUUUCAUUCUGUUCAAUUAUAAUUAGGGGCAAAAACUAGAAGAACUUCCCUCGUUGAAUGACUCGUGGAAGUUCUGGCCAUAGUUACUUUUCUUGAGCAUCAAAAUUAGCAAUGUCAUAAUUUUUUUCCUGAACGGUGGUGAUUAACUAUGGUUGCAUGAAAAGGGGGCAAGAAGGGAAUAAAUAGUGAAUGAUUAAACAAGUUCAGUACUUGCCUUUAUUUAUUUAUUAAUAAGCUUUGUA